AUGGGUAAAGCCAAGAAGAAGUCGCAUCCGAAGAAGCGUACCGCUGCUUUCAAAGAGAAGGAAGCAAGUGAAUUGGUUGAUGCGCCACAUUCGUUUAUUAUACAUCGUGGUCUUUCCUGUCCCUAUAUAACCGACUUAACUUUGGAUUUUCGUAAAAUAAUGGAACCAUUUACGGCAUCCCAGUUGAAGGAAAAGAAAAUGAAUCGCAUUAAAGAUUUUGUGACAAUGAGUGGUUACUUCCAUGUCUCCCAUAUGGGCAUAUUUAAUAAGGCCACAUCCCAGUUGUCUUUUAAAAUAGUGCGCAUGCCGCGUGGUCCAACGUUAACUUUUAAGGUACACCAAUUCACAUUGGCGCGCGACGUGCUCUCGACCAGCAAACGGCAAUAUGUGGAUGAUGACAUGUUUAAAAGUUCGCCGCUGGUUAUCAUGAAUAAUUUCACAGGUGAUGGCAAACAUUUGAAGCUAAUGGCCAGUACGUUCCAAAAUAUGUUCCCUGCCAUAAAUUUGGCGCAGGUAAAUAUAGCCACAAUUCGACGAUGUGUGCUAUUCUCGUAUACGCGCGACACAAAUUUAAUAGAAAUGCGCCAUUAUUCAGUGCAAGUAGUUCCUGUUGGUUUGACGCGUGGCGUUAAAAAGCUUGUUAUGGGAAAAAUUCCAAAUUUAUCUAAAUGCGAAGAUAUCGCUGAUUUCAUAAUGCAAGACGGUGCUGCUUCAGAAUCUGAAAUGGAAGACGAUGAACAUGCGCAGGUCGUACUGCCACAAACAUUGAAACGCAAAGCUGAUGAAAAUCGAGGAAGGUCUGUUGACUGGCGAAGUACUUUUCCACGACCAUAUAGUCAAGACGGAGGAUGA